CGCCGACAAUUCGGAGCAGCAGCAAGCCAAGGAGGAGGAAGGAGCUUCUGAAACACAAAAGCAAGAGGCUUCCCUAGAAGAAGGGGCUCAGCAGACGUCGGAGGGACAGCCUGCAGCGGGGCAGAAGCAGAAGGCCUCCAACGGCGAUACACCCACGCACGAGGAGCAGAGCAAGAAGGAGCGCCGCACCUCUGAGGGCCGGGGUCUCUCCCGCCUCUUCUCAUCCUUUCUCAGGAGGCCCAAGUCUCAGGUGUCCGAAGAGGACAAAGACACUGAUGCUCCUAAAGAGGCGGGAGGUGACCAGAAAGACCCAGGAUUAGGAGCCAGCCCUGAUGAUGACAUCCUGGUGAAAGCCCCAAUUGCCGCUCCUGAGCCUGAGCUCAAAACCGAUCCAUCACUAGAUCUCCAUUCCUUAAGCAGUGCAGAAACACAGCCUGCGCAGGAGGAGAGGAGGGACGACCAGGAGCUGGACAGCAGAGACCUCGGGGGCAAGGAAGGAGGGGAAGCGAAGGAAGAGUGCGCCAAGGCAGAGCUGAAACAAGAGACUCCAGAGACCAAAGCAGACAAGGAUUUGAAAGCUGCCCAGAAAGCAGUAAAAAGACACAGAAACAUGUACUGCAAAGUUGUCUUGCUGGAUGACACCAUUUUUGAGUGUGCCAUGGAUAAACAUGCCAAGGGGCAGGAUCUACUUAAAAAAGUUUGUGACCACCUCAAUCUCCUGGAAGAAGACUACUUUGGUUUGGCCAUAUGGGACACGCCGAGCUCCAGGACGUGGCUGGAUCCUGCCAAAGAAAUAAAAAAACAGGUUCACGGAGGCCCCUGGGAUUUUACCUUCAAUGUCAAGUUUUAUCCACCGGAUCCCGCGCAGCUGACGGAGGACAUAACCAGGUAUUACUUGUGUCUUCAGCUUCGGCAAGACAUCAUUACGGGGCGACUGCCCUGUUCCUUUGCGACUUUGGCUCUGCUGGGUUCGUACACAGUCCAGUCCGAGUUGGGAGACUAUGAUCCUGAUCUACACAGCCCGGAUUAUAUCAGUGAAUUUAAAUUGGCCCCGAACCAGACAAAAGAGCUGGAAGAGAAGGUUGUGGAGCUUCAUAAAACAUACAGAUCCAUGACUCCAGCCCAAGCAGACCUGGAAUUUCUUGAGAAUGCAAAAAAGCUGUCUAUGUAUGGAGUAGACCUUCACCAAGCCAAGGACUUGGAAGGAGUGGAUAUCACUCUGGGAGUCUGUUCCAGUGGCCUUCUUGUUUACAAAGAUAAACUGAGAAUCAACCGCUUCCCUUGGCCCAAAGUCCUGAAGAUUUCCUACAAACGCAGCAGCUUCUUUAUUAAGAUUCGGCCAGGGGAGCAAGAACAGUAUGAAAGUACAAUUGGGUUCAAGCUACCAAGUUACCGGGCAGCGAAGAAGCUGUGGAAAGUAUGUGUUGAACAUCACACGUUUUUCAGGCUGACUUCCACCGAGGCCAUCCCGAAGAGCAGGUUCCUGGCGCUGGGCUCAAAGUUCCGCUACAGCGGCCGGACGCAGGCGCAGACGAGGCAAGCGAGUGCCUUGAUCGAUCGACCCGCUCCACAGUUUGAGCGGACGGCAAGUAAGCGAGCCUCCAGGAGCCUCGACGGAGCUAAACGUGCGACUCAAAAAGUUGAGUUCAGAGCCACAGAGGAAGAGAAGCAGGAGGAGGUGGUGGUGGUUGAGGUUCCCGAACCAAAACCCGCGGAUCAGAUCCGAGAGAAGCCAGCCAAACACACUCUUGAAACUUUUGAAAUGAAACCCAUUGCAGAGGAGGAAGAGGAGGAGGAGAAGGUAGAGGUGGUUAAGUUUCCUGGUGCCAAGCCAAAGUUACCGGAGCUGUUGCAGACACGGUCAGCAGUGGCCGUGAUAACCCCCGAGAGGAGUCCCCGUCCCACCUCUGCCCCGGCCAUCGCUCAGACCCACGCUGCAGAACCAGUCCCAGCUAAGCCCGACACGAAAGACGUCGUCGCUGCCUCUAAGGUAGAAAAGGAAGCAGCAAAACCUGAUGUGAGACGUGAAGAAAUCCCAUCGGAGAAAGCCAAGCCGGAGCCAGCUGAUGCAUCAAAGGUGAGGAAAACGCACACUGAGGUCACAGUACCCACCACGAAUGGUGACCAGCCCCAGAAAAGAUCAAAGAGGCUAGAUGGUGAAAACAUUUAUAUCAGGCAUAGCAAUUUAAUGUUGGAGGAUCUAGAUAAGACCCAAGAAGAAAUAAAGAAGCAUCACGCCAACAUCAGUGAGUUGAAGAAGAAUUUCAUGGAGUCCGUCCCGGAGCCUCGGCCGAGUGAAUGGGACAAACGCUUGUCCACUCACUCCCCUUUCCGAACCCUCAACGUCAACGGGCAGAUUCCCACGGGAGCGGAUGGACCACCGCUAGUGAAGACACAGACGGUCACCAUCUCCGAUGUGUCCAGCGCUGUCAAAAGCGAAAUUCCCACGAAAGAAGUCCCCAUUGUCCACACGGAGACGAAGACCAUCACCUAUGAAGCUGCACAGACAGAUGGUGGCAAUGGAGAUUUAGACCCUGGCAUCCUGCUGACUGCUCAGACCAUCACUUCGGAAACCACCAGCAGCACCACCACCACACAGAUCACAAAGACUGUAAAAGGUGGCAUUUCGGAGACACGGAUUGAAAAGAGGAUUGUCAUCACAGGAGACGCAGAUGUAGACCACGACCAGGUUCUAGCGCAGGCGAUAAAGGCAGCAAAGGAACAGCACCCGGACAUGUCGGUGACCAAAGUGGUUGUGCACCAGGAGACCGAGAUCGCAGAGGAGUAGCCAGGCUGUGAAGCGUUCCUGCCAGACACAACACCAGGAAAAAGAAACCCAGCAAAACUACCACGAAUCUACCUGGAGCACAAAGACCUCGGAUUUACAAGACUUGACACUCAGAGACUUUCAUAUCAUUUAUUAGGAGUUGCGCUUUGACAUUUUACUUGGGAUUUUCCAGACUCCACUGGAUCCUAUUGGAUAUAGAUUUUUUUUUUUAAUAUAUAUUGUGACAAAAGUAUGCCAUAUUUCUAACUGUACUGAAUAUUUUUUACAGGUUUUCAAUUUUGCAUUCCCUCUCACGCAUAGCCUCUUCAGAUACAGACCCCGACACACCUCGCAGGGCUCAAAGGCUCGCUUUUUUAAGUCGUAUUCCCUCCGCCUCGUCAGGGAUAACGGAGACAAGCCACAUCCGUGCAUAUUCCGAGCGCGGGAUCCGUACACGCCUUCAAAAAGCCGUGGGUCCUUCUGCCAGGAGAGUCAGUUGAAAAAAGUCAGACUUCAGUUUUGUGCAGCAUUUCCGAUUGCCUCUUGAUUUUAUUUUUUUUUUAGCUCUAGGGAGCUUGAGACUCCAGCCGCGAUACCUGGGCGUGCAGGGCAGAGCUGCUGCCUUCGCUCCAAGUUUCCUCCCCGUUGGGUUUCAGGCCCCCGCUGUGUGAACACAGUAGGGUUUUGUGGUGUAGCCUAUGCACACAUCUUAAUAGUUGACUAGGUUUAAGGAAUACUGGAAGUUGCUUCAAGUAUCUUAUACUGUGAAUUUUAGAGCUUUAAGAGGACUGUGAUAGCACCUCGCCUUCCUCCUGUGUGUCUCUGCCGAGUGCUACCGACCUGUUUGUGUUUUCUAGAUGCCAUUAAAUUAAAAAGCCCUUAGAAGUGUGCGUUUAAGGUGUUUGGACUCUGAAUGCUAUUAAGGUAGGCUUAUGCAGCAUUCACAGUAACUGAUUUUUUUUUUCAGUGUCAUAGUUUUUCACUUGUUUGUGUUCCUGAUUUUUAAAUUAGGGGUUUAUUUUGUAAGUAAGUCAGUCAUGGGUUGGUUUUUUUCCUCCACUCACAGUGCUGUUUAAAGCUAAACACAUUACCCAUAUACCAGGACAUAUAGCCUACUAUCAUUUAAUUUAAAACCCUUUUGACAAUCCUUCCUAGGCCUGUAAGCUGUAUUUGAAGAGGCUGAACAAGAAAUCUUAGGAGGUGUCGGGUGUUGCUGGUUGUGAUAGAGCCAAACCGCGUGGAAAGUGCUGCCACCCCCUCUUCCACGCUGGCUUAAGGCUUUCUACUUCGUUUGGCUUCGUGACCACCUUGCUGGAAUGAAAUACCAGUGUUAGUGACUGCAUCUUUAGGCUGAGCUUACAGACCACUGGGGCCAUCUCCAGCAUGGUGGGGAUGACCAGAAAACAUCUUUUCUGGGGCUGGAUGCACUUCUCUCCACGGCACCGGGGGGG